CUAAUUCCCUGAUUACUGUGACAAUGAAAUCUCACUCUUUUUAGCAUCCCAGAUUCUCUCACUAAUGUUCCCUACCUGCUCCACAUUGCUGAAGUUCUCGUAGGAGAAUCAGAGAGAUAUGAUGAAGAAGAAGUUCUUGGUUUCUUUUUAUUUCUUGUUCCCUGCAACAAUUUCAAUCAUUCUUGUGCUUCUAACUCCAAUUCCAAGUGCACAGUUAACACCAACUGAAAGCGGAAUCCUCCUCCAAGUUCAGAAGCUACUAGAAUACCCUGAAGCUCUUCAACCAUGGAACAACUUCACCACCAACUUCUGCUUCCUCCCUCCAUCAUCAUCCCUCAAGAUUCUCUGCUCCAAUGGCCAUGUAACAGAAUUAACCAUUAUUGGAAACAGAGGUUCUUCUUUGAGUCAUCAUCAUCAAGAUCAAGAAGCUCCUACUCUUUCUGAAAGAUUCUCAAUUCAUGAUCUUUUAGUUCUGCUGUCAAGGCUUUCAAAUUUGAAGGCUUUGUCUUUGGUUUCACUUGGUCUGUGGGGUCAUUUACCAUCUGAGAUUAACCGGUUCGGAUCAAUCAAAUCCAUGAAUUUAAGCUCAAACUUCAUCUAUGGAAAAAUCCCAUCAUCAAUUUCUUCUAUGAGAACACUUAAGAGUCUUGUUCUUGCUCAUAAUCUCCUCAAUGGAACUAUACCUGAUCUAACAAUGCUAUCUUCUCUUCAAGAACUCGACUUGGGCUUCAAUGGUUUCGGCCCAGAGUUCCCUUCAUUGAGCAAGAACAUUGUGAAGAUUAUCUUAAGAAACAACUCUUUCACAUCCCAAAUUCCUUCAGAACUCAUCAAAUUUCAAAGGCUUCAACAAUUUGACAUCUCUAACAAUGGAAUUUUCGGAACCAUUCCUUUGUUUUUGUUCUCUCUUCCUUCUCUUCAGUACUUAAACUUGGCAUCAAACCAAUUAAGCGGCUCACUCUCUCUGAACACAAGCUGCGGUUCUGUUCUAACUUUUGUUGAUGUCUCAUACAACCUUUUAACAGGAAACUUGCCAUCUUGCUUCACUUCGAAGUCAUCGAAUCGAACGAUAAUGUAUUCGAGGAAUUGUGUCUCAGCAAUGAGAUUGAGUGAUCAGUAUCCUGCUUCAUAUUGCGAGGGAGUGAUGGAAGCCUUGACGGCUAAAUCACCAGGUCGAAGCCGGAAGGAGGAGUCAGAGAUUCAUCUAGGCCUAGUUCUUGGUGUUCUGGGAGUUGCUACAGGAGUGGCUGGGCUUGUGGCUCUUCUCAUUCUGUUCAUCUUGAAGAAGAACAAAGCAAAAAGUGCCGAAAAGGAUAUCAUUGAUAACAAAUCUGCUGCUGAUAAAUUUCACAUCAAUCUAUAUCCAGGACCAAAAAUUGUUGCAAGAUGUGUUACUGAAAGAAUGAGUCUAGCAGCACUUGGAUUGCCACCAUAUUGCAAUUUCACAUCAGAUGAAAUUGGAGAUGCAACAAACAACUUUCGCCAAUCAAAUUUAAUAGGAGAAGGAGCACAGGGACAGCUAUAUAAGGGCAAGCUCAUGGAUGGUUCAAUGGUCCUUGUUAACCGUUUAAGGGUAAAGCAGAAGAGUUUGAACAGCAACAGUAUGCAGAACUUGAAGAAGGUGUUGCCAAAUUUAAGGCAUAGGAAUUUGGUUAGUGUUUUAGGACAUUGCUUCAUUACUUGUCAGGACCAUCCCCAAACUAGAAGCACAAUCUUCAUUGUAUUUGAGCACAUCCCAAAUUUGUUAUCCUUAAGGGACCAUCUUACAGAUAGGAUAAGAAGGGAAACGCUGAAAUGGCCACAAAGAAUGGCAAUAAGCAUAGGCAUUGCAAGAGGAAUCCAGUUCUUACACACAGGAGUUACUCCGGGCAUCUAUGGCAACAAUUUAAGGAUUGAGAACAUUCUGUUAGAUAAUAGUCUCAAUCCAAAAGUCAGUGGAUACAGUAUUCCAUUGCCAUCAAAGAAAGGCGUUGAUAGGAGACAGAAUCAACAAUGUGUUCCCAGUGUUAGUGGCAGAUGCAGCAAUGAAGAAAAGGAAGAUAUAUUUCAGUUGGGUGUCAUUCUAAUUCAAAUAAUCACUGGCAAGCUAAUUACAUCUUCAGGUGAAUUAGAGGAGCUAAAAGAUGAGUUGGAGAGAGGUUUGUCAGAAGCUGCAUCAUCAACACCAAGGCUCACAGUUGAUCCUUCCCUCAGGGGAAUUUUUGUAUAUGAAUCUGUGAAAACUGCACUUCAGAUCACCAUCAAUUGCCUCAGCAAGGUCACUAUUAAUCGCCCUUCAAUAGAGGAUGUUCUUUGGAAUCUGCAGUACUCAAUGCAAGUUCAAGAAGCCAGGAGCAGCAGUGGGAAUAGUCCAAGAUUGUAAAAAUUAAAAUUAAAAUAAAAAGUAAAAAAACAUAAAGAUGUUCGCUACUUAAGUUAUCUGAAUAUAGUUUCUUCAAUAAGGGCCUGCAUCUUUUGUAAUUGCCAUAAUUUAGUUAAUUAGCCUUUAAACAUGACAAACUAUAUAUUAACAAAG